AUGACGGCUCCGCCCGAGUCGCUGCCGCCCGAGCUGGCCAAGGAGGCCUCCAAGCUGGCAAAGCAAGGCGACGUGGAGGGCUUGAAGAAGUACCUCAAGCAGGCGGUUGUCGGAUCCUUCCUAGGAUUUGCAGUGGCAGUUGUCCUCCAGAUGGUGCUUGUAGUGCUGGUGCUGAUCGUUUCAAAAACGCUAGAGGGAUCCAGCAAGGGCGUUUGCAGUAUUAGCCACGUUUCCAUUCGAGUUCUUUCACGGGUGUUCGCGAGUUUCACUAUACGAGUCGGGUCAGUCAUAGGUGCACAAGAAGCCCUCGAAGGCUCAGAGUUGAACCAGACCUCCGAGGCUGCCGAGUCUCGGGGAGCGCCAAAGGAUUCACCACGAAGCGGGCCAGCCGCUGCACCAAACAAUCAGGAAGCUUCGGACAAGAAGCCGGAGCCUUGCACGAAGGAGGAGCUGCAAGCGACGGUCGAUCAGUACGGACGCUGGCCUUGCACCCACAUCCUUCCGAAAUCCGACCCCGAGAGAAGAGAAGAGAAGUCGAGACACACGCAAGCUCUAGGCGACCGGCAGAUGGAUGAGAUCAUUGAAAAGUUGAAGGAAGCAGCUUGGUCGAACAGCGACAGUGUCGAGAAGCAGUCCCCCGGAGGCAGCCUUCCGGAUGCCGUGAAGUUGGAUCACGACCUACAAGGGAAGGAGGUCCUGAGGAUCGAAGGCGAGCUCUACGUCUUUGCUGCCCACGCGGACGACUUCCUGUCCCACCCGGGCGUUCAGGAAGCCUUCGAGCUCUUGAUCGCAGGAGGCGCGCGCAUCGACACGAGGAAUGUGGAGGUGUCACUCUCUAUUCCCCAACGGAUCGUUGAAGCUGAGUGGCAGAAGAAAGCCAAAGGCAACAUCUUGUGCAAGUACACUAUCCACGUGAUGUCCAAGACAGCUUCCGCUGCCGAUGGAGAUGCAGUCAUCGCCAAGCUGUCCGAAGUGGACAUUGGGCUUGCAGAUUUUGGGCGACAGUUGCGACGAGGUUCAAGCGAAGAAGAAGCUGCAGCAGAUCUUCAAGGAGCAUGGUAUCGAGCAGGAGGUGACUCCGGUGAGCAUGACGAUGAAGCCGUACAGGCUCUGAGAGAAGCUGGAGGCGACGCUGGAAACCGCUCUUCCACUUCGCUGUGCUUGCCACUCCCCCGAGAGCAUGAGAAGAAGCUUCGCAGUCCACCGCGCCCAGAGGCCACCUCUCGAGACGCCUUCGAAGUGCUUUGCCCGUCUCACAUUGAGCCGUUCAGCGAUCCCGAUGUAGCGAGAGUGUGUGGAUGGAGCAAGCAAUUCCUGCUGCUGCAGUCCAAAAAUAACUGUCUGCCAUAUAGUGCGGAGCCAUGCCCGAGCGUCGGCCCACCUUGUUCCACAGCUCACAAUCACUUCGGACAGCAGCUGUGGCUCCUGGGUCUGGGAGCACAAGAUCUCUUCGUACGUGAUGCGCAGCGAGCCCUCGAUGUUCUGACGGAGCUUCCCUUCGUCGAUGCCUCGAGGAUCGGUGUCGUUGGGUGCAGCGGUGGUGGUGCUCUGAGUGCGUAUCUUGGUGCGAUCGACCCGAGAGUGACUGCAGUAGCUGUCGCAUGCUACUUCUCCACCCUAGGACGCGAGCUGGAGAUAGGCACUUGUAACUAUGAUGCCGAGCAAAUCCUGUGGAAGAUGGCUUUGUAUGGUAUUGACAAGCCAGAUCUACUCCGCGCUCGUGCACCGAAGCCGACAGCUGUGAUUCUCACAUCUCACGACUGCUUCCCGAUCCUGGGCGGACGGGAAGGCUUCGAGGAGGUUGAAAAGGCCUUCCGUGCGCGGGGUGACCCCUCGGGGCUCUGCGCCAGCGAAGCGCCUGGCUACCAUCAGGUCACGGAUAUUGGCUGGAGUGCCAUUCGGACGUUCUUUGAAGAUGAGCUGCAGCCUCCCUGGCGGCCACUCGUGCUCGACGAGAGGCCGCUGCCUUGCAGCGCGCUCUGGUUCAGUGAGAAAGAGCUGCGGGUUGGAGUUACACCCGAAACCGGAUGGCGAGAUGUCCUCGUGCCCCAGCUAGCCGCAAAAGUCAGUCGGCUCCCACGGCAGCGUCUCCGUGCUCGCCGUCGGCGUGCCGAGGCUGGCUUGAGGAGGUCGCUCGGUGCAAGCAGCUGGCUUGGCAGUCUCCGACAGGUCAGCAUGCGUGUCGCACAGCUGUCCCGUGGAGCCCUGGACGAGGUGAGAGAAGCAGCGGCCUUGCUGGAGAUGCCAGCCGCUCCUGUGGAGCAGCCCUCUUUGGUGGUCGCAAGAACCCAGUUCUUCCUCCACGGCAAGCAGGAAACGUACGUGCUCUACAGCAGUGAUUCCUGCGCCGUAACGCUCCGGCUUUUCGAACAUUGGAGGAGCCCUGCGAAGGAGGCCGGCAUCACCGUGCUGGUGUUCGGCGGGGCAGCCGACCUGAACCGUGAGCUCACGAAGAUGGAGGACUUGCUACUAAACCAGUUGCAAGACCAGGGCUUUGGCUCCGUUGUUUUUGUCGGCCUUUGCGGACAGGGUGACCCGUUCUGGCGAGGUGGUCUUUGGCAGUUUGCCCCAUUACUGCUAGGUAAGUCCCACGUCGGCUACCACGCGUCAGAGGUCCUUGCCACCGUGUCAUGGGCAUUCAGGCAAUUGAGAUCUCAGCAGGUUGUUCUGCUGGCUCGCGGCAGCUCGAGUGCAGCUGUGCUGCAUGCAGCUCCGCACGUGCCCCACCUGGCGGCGGUGGUGCUGCUCCACGCAGUCGCUGAGCUGGCCGAGGUGGCCCGUGCUCGAAAGCAUCGCUUGCCGUGGCAGAUGCAGAUCCAUGGCGUGCUGCGACACUAUGACUUGCCAGACCUACUGGCAGCCCUCCCGGCAUCCGUUUCCGUGGCAGUGGCGAGCCCGCUCAGUGCAAAGCGACGGCGGCUGUCCUGGAGGCAAGCCUGGCGAAGCUAUCGGCUAGCUGCACGUCGAUUCCAAGGCUACAGAUACUAUUCCCAUUUUGGAUCCGCUUGGGAAGGCAUGCGCAUGCGGAUCCUGAUGGGUCAGGACGAGGUGACCUUUCAGAUCGCGAGAUUCCUGACGGUACUAUUUCGAGGUGGUGUGCCCACGUGA